CUUUCCAGUUCUAGUGGAUUGUUGCUGUGUCUCAUUAUAUAUACUCACUGCAUCUGCUCUCAAGAGCUUAGUUGGCAAUGGCUGGUGAGAAGGUCGUGUGAGUGGUGGGCGCCUUCCAUUCUUGAGUGCUGUGGGUGCAGGCCCCCAACUCUCCCGUCGACAGAACAUGUGAUGAUCCGCCCGAGACAUUUGGCUAUGUGAGGGAGACGAGAAGGGGCAGUUUGAGACAUACACAGAGCGAUGUAGCUGCAUCUGUCGUAGAAUUGCUGGGAUUAUUGGGAUUAGGGACCGUGGAGCCAGUUUCGGGGGAGAGCUAGAAACGAUGGCGAUGGCGGCGACUGGGUUGAGCAGCUUCGGAGGACAGAAUGUGAUGCUAAUGCGGAACGACAUGGGCAGCUCGAACUCCCUCGUGGCGAUGCUUAAUAGCUGCAAUCCUCACGUCAGUUUCCAAGUUUCGAGGUUAGGUGGAGGUCUGGAAGAUGCAAUUGCGGGGUGCGGGCAGAAACGACCCUUCUUCCCCACAUUCGGGAACGGGCCAGGGGAGGAGCCAGAGGAUGGCGACGACGGUGGAGACGACGGCUCCCAACCCGUGGAGAAGAAGCGCCGGCUUUCGUUCGACCAGGUUCGGUCCCUCGAGCGCAGCUUCGAGGUAGAGAACAAACUGGAACCCGAGAGGAAAAUGCAGCUUGCCAAGGAGCUCGGCCUGCAACCUCGCCAAGUCGCUGUUUGGUUCCAGAACCGACGCGCACGCUGGAAAACGAAACAGCUGGAGCGGGACUACGAAAUGUUGAAUUCUGGGUACAUCAAACUGAAGGCAGACUUCGAGACCGCUCUCCGGGAGAAAGACGUCCUCAAGGCUGAGGUACAGCGUCUCUCGGGGAAGACAAGUCCCCAGGGUUCCCAAUCUUCGCAAUCCGCGGACUCUUCCCAAUGUGAGAGCGACUCACAUUGCAUGCCAGACACAGAGGAGUCGCCGAAACUGGGCAAGAAGCCUUACAACCUCGCGAUUACCAAGGAUCACCACCACACGAGAUCCUCUCCCACCAUGACCGUCUGCUCGACACCCAAGCUCGAGGUGGAGAAGACGUCGACAAGCUCAGGAAGCAACUCCAGCGAUCUACUCGACGCUGAUAGUCCUCACACCUCGGACAGCAACCCCAGUGACGAGGAGAAACUGGCUUGCUGCAGCCAAUUCCCUCCUCCGGAGAGCCUAGUGGGACCCCUCGGCGUUGACGACGAUGUGAAUGCUUCGCAACAAUCCUUCCCGGUGAAGCUUGAGGAGGGCUGCCACGCCUUCCAAGUGGACCCAAAUUGUGGCUACUUUUUUGCGCCUGCCGUGGAGCAGAGCGUACUGCCAUGGUGGGACUGGCCGUAAGUGAACUGAUCACUUGGAGCCUUCCAACAUUUUUUGUGUUCUUUUUCCCCCUUCUUCUUGUCACUUGGUUAGUUCUCUAAUUUUCCUUCUUUUUUUUCUUUUUUUUCUUUUUCUUUUUCUGUUUUUUAUUUUAUAAUUUCUCCUUCCUGGUCUGUGUGAGAAUCAGCCUGGUUGUAUUUAAUCAAUUCUCGUCCGCGAACACCUCUAGAGAUAAUCUAUAUCUGUAGUGUCUUGCUGCAACCUCAUGUCGAGCGGCAGAAUUGUGUGAUAUGUGAUUUACGGAUAUGCAGGAUUAUGAAAGCUCAUAAGGUAGGACAACACUGAUUUAUAGGAGUGAUAAGCUAUGGUCUUGCUGAUGCAUCUCAUUUUGUACAAUUUCCAAAAGCGAGGGCAAAAUGACCUCGGCAUCAGUGCUUGAUAGAAGACGGGUCCUCCAGUAGUUCGAUUACUAGAUCCGUAGCCACGACAAAUAAGUGACUGCAAAUGAUCUCAAAAGCAAGAUCUGGUGUUAGUCUACCUGACUACAGUUGGGUGUUGAUCGUGUUGGAUGUAUAAACACAACGAGUUCGGAGAAAAGAUCUUGGUGUUCGGUAAAAAUAUUAUAUUGCAGCUUCUUUGUUGCUACAUGUGCACAUGGAGCUAUGUUUUCCAAGAGACUUUCUUCUCGAAAUAAAGAAGUGUCUUACAAAGUAUUAUACCGUUACCUCA